UGAUGUCAUUUUUGUUAUAAAAAAAAAAAGAUAACACGUGCCCCUAAUUCCAAUAAAAAGGUUCUAAAAUUACCGGGAGAUAAAAAAAUUGCUCCUGUAUCUGACGUUGCUGGUACUCUUGUUACAGAAAAAAAAAAUAUUCCAGUGUUUAAAAAUAGCAAAAAAACAAUUGACAAAAGGAUAAUUUGAUAAUACAAACAAAAAUGACUGAUAAUAUGGAAAAGAAAAAUUGGACAAAUGAAGAAAGAGCAAAUUUAGCUGAUCAAAUGGAUAAAGAUCUUGAUAAUUUUAUCAAUAGUUUAGAAAAAAAAAGAUACACAGAAGGAUGGCCAGAGGAUAAAUGGCAAGAAGAAUUUGAAAAACAUCCAUUUUUUAUGAAAAAAAGUCCAGAGCCUGGUGAUGAAGUGUCACCACUUAUGGAAGGUCUUCAACAAUUAAAAUACGAUGCAAAUGAAAAUACACCAGAAGAAUUGGCAGCAAAUUACAAAGAAGAUGGUAAUUUUAAUUUUAAAUGUAAAAAAUAUCGUUUAGCUAUAUUGAGUUAUACAGAAGGUAUCAGAUCAAAAUGUAAUGAUGAUAAUUUACUAGCUCAAUUAUAUAAUAAUCGUGCUGCUUGUCAUUUUAUGAUAAAAAAUUAUUUAUCAUGUUUAAAUGAUUGCAUGACUGCAUUAAAAUAUCAAUCAAAUUAUCCAAAAGCCAUGAGUAGAGCAGCAGUAUGUUGUUUUAACAUAAAAAAAUAUACAAAAUGCAUUGAUUUAUGUAACAAAUAUAUCAAUGAAUAUGGUGAUAACAAUGAGGAGAUAAUGAGCCUCCUAAAAAAUUCAAUAAUUGAAAGAAAAAAGAAAGAACGUGAUGAUAGAAUGAAAGAUGCACGUUUAAAAAAAUUAGAAACAGAAGAAGAUAGACUUGUUAAAGCAAUUAUUGAUCGUAAUAUUAAUAUUGAUAUACCAAUUGGUAAAAUGACAAUUGAUUUAAAUGAUUUUGUACCACAAAUACCACAGUUAUCACAAAAUAGAGUUAAAUUUGAUAAUAAAACAAAUCGUUUAGUUUGGCCAGUUAUGAUACUUUAUCCUGAAACAAUGCAAACUGAUUUUAUACAAAGUUUUCAUGAAGAUACACCAUUUUUAGAUCAACUUGAAGAUUUAUUUAUUGAACCACCAGAAUGGGAUAUUGAACAACGUUAUAUUGUUGAUAAUUUAAAUGUUUAUUUUGAGGGAAAAGAUAAAAAAAGUAUUCAUAAAGUUGACAUUAGUAGAACAUUAUCAUCAAUUAUAUCACGUAAACAAUUUUCAUUGAGAUGUGGUACACCAUCAUUUUUAGUAUUAAUUGCUGAAAGUGAAGCAGAAAAAAAUUUUUUAAAAAACUAUAAAUUAUAACUUUUAAAAAAAUGUAAUUUUAAUUAAAUUAAAAUUAAUAAAAUUCAAAAUUUAA